AUGAAGUUCGUCGAUAGCGUUAAACACUCUCUUGAGACUGAUGUCAACUGGUACAAUGCACGGCGAUAUGGUUUACAAGGCGCCCGUGCAUUUCCCUCUGCCGCCGCCACCUAUGUCCUCGACAAAGUGCCCAUUGUCAGUUGGCUGCCUCGGUACAAUCCUCGAUGGCUCAUCAACGACGUCAUCGCAGGCCUCACACUCGGCGUCAUGCUCAUUCCUCAAGGAUUGGCAUAUGCAAAGAUUGCCACAAUUCCUGUGCAGUAUGGCCUGAUGGCAAGUUGGCUCCCAGGCAUCUUAUACACAUUCAUGGGCACCUCCAAAGAUCUCUCGACGGGUCCCACCUCCCUUAUUGGCUUACUCACCGCGGACAUCAUCAAAGAUCUAGUCAAGGAUGGAUAUACACCUCAGCAAAUCGCCUCCUCUGUGGCCUUGGGCAUGGGUGUCUAUGGCAUGGCCCUCGGAUUCUUGAAACUGGGCUUUCUCCUUGACUUUGUCUCUACACCUGUUCUCAAUGGCUUCAUCUCCGCUGCGGCCAUUGUCAUUGGACUGGGUCAGGUGGCAUCGUUGCUCGGCGAGCCUGGGGGUGGCGACGGCACGGCUCAACAGAUCAACUAUGUCUUCUCACAGCUACCUGAUGCAUCCGGCAUCACAUGCGCUGUGGGUUUGACUGCUAUGGUUAUCCUAGUGUCCCUGGAUCAAGUCGGCAAGAGAUGGGGAAACAAGAGCCGCAUCGCGUUCUAUUUCUCAAUCAGUCGCGCCUUCGUCUGUGUCCUGCUAUACACUGGCAUCAGCUACGCUGUCAAUCAUAACAAAGCCGACUCGGACGACUAUCUCUUUGCUGUUGCUAAGGUCAAGGCCGAUGGACUUCAAGCGAAGGUUGUCGAUUCCAAGCUAUUUUCGAAAACCAUUGGACGAAGCAUUGCCCCCUUCGUGGCCGCCGCGCUUGAACACGUGGCCAUUGGACGAGCAUUUGGAAUCCGCAAUAACUACCUGCCUGAUAUAUCCCAGGAGCUCUGCUAUCUUGGUAUCGUUAACAUGGGCAACAGCUUUUUUAUGGCCAUGGGCGUUGGUGGCGCCAUGUCACGAACAUCUGUCAAUUCGGGGUGUAAAGUUCGCUCCCCUCUCUGUGGCACCAUCACAACCGCUGUCGUCUUGAUUACCAUCUACGAACUAACCGGGGCUCUUUACUGGAUUCCGAAAGCUGUUCUUUCUGCCAUUGUUAUCACUGCCAUCUGGCCGUUGAUUGGCUCCUGGCGUACCUACUACUAUUAUUGGCGCACCUCUUUCACCGACUUCGUCGCUGCGAUGCUAGCGUUUUGGCUGACGUUAUUCAAAUCAUCCGAGAUCGGGAUCGGAACUGGCGUGGGCUGGUCCAUUGCAGUCUCGUUGAUUCGGCAAGCAUUCAAACGCGUCCCUAAUGUCAAUUCGACGUCCAGCUCGCCUCUUGUGAGGUCGAUCGAUGCUGCGAGAGACGUGCCUCAAAAUGUCCCUGCCGAUGCUGAGAUUUUCGUAUUCGCUGAGUCUAUCUUCUUCCCGAAUGCACAGCGGUUCAAGAGCACCAUUUUGGAUACGAUCAAGACACAUCACUCGCCUUCUUUUCUGUCGCCAGAGAAUGAGGAAGCCGAGAGGACAUGGUCCGUGGUGGGUGAGAAGAGAGUGGCCAAACUCCGAAAAGCUGCUGGCGCUGGCAGCACUUCAGUCCUUCCUCCACUUCGACUCCUCGUUCUCGACUUCACGAAAGUGAAUCACUUCGACACCACAGCCAGUUUGAAACUGAGAGAACUCUUCAACGAGGCCAGAAAGUAUGCCGGUGAUUCGCUCGAGGUGAGGUUUGUAGCAUUGAAUGCUACCGUACGAGCAAGACUUGAGAGGGCCGAGCCUGGUUGGAUCCUUAUCGAUGCUGACCAUACAGAAAGUGCGAACCCGGAAGCGAAGGGAAGCUCAUUUACAGUCGGAGUGUUUGGAAGUGCUAGUGCUGCAAUAUUUGCGCCUAGAUAUUAUCAAGCGGAGCAAGUGGUGGAUGUGAACACAGAGGAAGUGGAAGUGAUGAGUGAGAAGAUGGAGUCCAAGCAUAUUGAGACUGUUUGA